CAUAACAUUGCGACUGACCGAGAGCCAGAUGGAAUUGAUUUUCAACUCGUCUGCUGAAAUUGUGAAAAGAAAAUACUCUUAUGCCCUCAAAGACUUAAGUAUUACAGCUAAGUGGGAGACCUUGAGUAGGUUUAAGAGGUGAGAUGCUAAGUCCUGAUAGUUGCUAUCUCUGAAAAUCCACACAUCGCUUCCGGGUGUUUAUUUUUUCCAUAAUCGAUCCUGCGAGCAUAGACAGCAGCAUCCGUUCAUGCUUGCAAUAAUCGGAGCGUCGGGAAAAAUUGGCAGCGCGACACUCACUGCGCUGCUCGAGCGAGGUUUGAUUCCCCCGGAUCAAAUAGUCGCCCUUACUUCGUCUCGUCCAAUAGAUAGCAAAUGGAACGUCCUGUCUGCGCGAGGCGUUCAAGUUCGCCAUGCGACCUUUGAUGAUCCUGCGUCAAUGGAAAAGGCGCUCGAUGGCAUCAGCAAGCUUUUCCUUGUGUCCAGCCCACGUAUUGCGCUCGACUACGAUCCGGUUGUGCCUGCACCUCCUGGGCAUGGCCGAGAGAAAGAUCAUUUCGUAGCGCUAGAGGCCGCGCAGAAGGCCGGUGUAAAGCAUGUCUAUUAUACUUCGUUGGCGUUUGCCAAUCCCAGCAAGUCAAACGUGAUGACGGCCCAUGAAAGAACGGAGGCACGUCUGAGAGAGAUGGAGAAGGACGGCAUAUUCGACGUCACGAUACUACGUGAAGGUUUAUACAACGAGAGCUGGCCGUUGUACCUUGGCUACUACGGUGUCUGUGGCGACGAUCGCACAGAGAUCAUCCUCUCUGACGAGGGCAACCGGAAAAUUAGCUGGACUCCAAUUGCAGAACUCGGCGUUGCAAACGCUACAAUCAUUGCUGCCCCGCCGUCGGAGUGGAGAAGUCGUUGCGUCUACCUAUCCAAACGGAGUAACCCAAGAACGAUGCGAGAAGUCGCCGAUAUUGUGGCUGCGGCCGUAAGAAAGGAGAUCUCUGUGAAGACGGUGACGAAGGAGGAGCACAUAAAACACUAUGUGGAACAACGUGGAAAACAAGAAAAUGCUGUAAGAUGGUGGGUCGCAACGUAUGACGCGAUUAAGGAAGGAGAGUGCAUGAUCGACGAUCCAACGUUCGACGAAAUCAUGGCAAAGGCUGGCAUCGAGCCUACAGCAAUUGACACAACAAUUGGAAACAUGUUAGCCAAAUAGCAGCUAGGUUGUCAUAAACUUGAUUGGUUAUGA